AAUAUCGUCACUAUUUUGGCGCGAUUAAAAAAAAAUUUAAAACAACAUCACAAGACACAACGUCGUACAGCAACAAUAAAUACUGAUCCAAACUUAAUAGCCUACAAUCAUACCAGAAUCGAGAAAAACAGUAAGGUGAAUGAG